AUGGGUCGAAGAGACCCAAAUCCAAUCAACUGCAAUGAAGAAGGGAUUAAUAAGCACCGAAAAUUAAUCGGAAAUUGCCGAUUAUUUCAGUUCCUCCCUGGAUUAGAUGGCAGAUAUGAUAAACUUUGUCGGGACAUUCUCAAGAAAGUUCCCGUUACCUCAGUCGAGUCGGCGUUCUCAAAAGUGAAAAGGGAGGCCGCCCGACUACAAAACUUGCAGCCGGCAACCAAUCGCUCCGACAUCGACGCCUCAUCAUCGGGAGGGGUCGGAGCCGGAAUCACCGCCACCCACCGCCCUACUCAGCGGCCUGAGGUCCGACCGCCACACACCGCCACCGGCAGAGGCAACCCACCAGAGUGGUGGGAAAACAAUUCCAAGGUUGCGAAAGGGAAAAUGGCGGACGGAAGUGGAGGAAAUUCGGAACAGAUCGGAGCAACACCGACUGGAUCGGCGGUGGCCGAGAACCGACCGGCGUGGGCCGCAAGAGCGGCGGCCAUGGCUGUCGACCGACUGGCAGCCUCUAGACCGUGGGGUGCGAGGGAGAUGUCGGCGGCUGGAGAUCAGUCGCCGCUGACCGUGGGGGCGGCGGCACCGACCGUGAUGCGACCAGCGGCGGCGGAGGCGGCUGAAGAACGUCCGGCUGUGCAAGGGGGUAAAAAAAAUCGUGGAGGAGAAGGCGCCUAUGAAGGAGGCGCAGGAUAUCAGGACGGGGAAGAUUAUUGGACGUGGCACUGAGCGGGAUGGAUUGUACUAUGUGGAUGAGAUAGCUCAGCAAGGCAAGGUGAUGCUGGCUCACGGAACUGCUGACCGGGAAGCCUGGCUUUGGCACCGUCGGUUAGGGCAUCCAUCCACGGGGUAUCUUAAGCUUUUAUUUCCUAAAUUAGUAAAAAAUGAGACUCUAUCUUGUGAGACUUGUGUUUUAGCUAAAAGCCACCGAAAAACUUUUAAGCCUAAUGACACACAAGUGAACUCCAUAUUUUCUCUUGUUCA